UUACGAGUCAGUGCAGCGAGAAGUUCCUUCAGGAAGAACUCACAAUUUUUCUUUCGAGGCUAAAUACAAAAACUCCGAAAUAUCAGCAUGAAUCAGUUGGCGAUCGUUUUGUGCGUCUUCGCUUCAGUAGCAGCCGGCGCUUCUCUGGAUGUUUAUGCACCUAGCACCCCGCCGAUUCCUAUUCUGAGGCAAAGCGCGGACGGUCCGAAUCCAGACGGAAGUUACAGCUAUAGCUACGAGACGGCAAAUGGUAUCCAGGCGCAGGAGGUCGGCUAUAUUAACUACGCAGGCACUAAGGCUGAAUCUCGCGAAGCUCAAGGCAGUUACACUUACACCGCGCCGAACGGUGAAAUUGUCCAAGUGACCUACGUAGCUAACGAAAACGGAUUCCAGCCUCAAGGUAGUCACAUACCAACUAUACCACCCGAGAUCCUCAAGGGACUCCAAUACAUCGCUGCUCAUCCCGAAGAGAACAAUAUCGAUGCAAAGGAAACCGUGAAUCUGUACAGAGCAAGAAGAUCAGUCUAAGAGCUCCUCGAAGCGUUUAUGUCUGAACCAAAGCCGAGGAUGUACAAAUUCAAUCGCUCUUUCCAUUCUUCGAUACGAUCCCCGGUUAUAUUUUUGAAUGGAAGUCUGUGCAGUUUUGAAACUCGAUUCGUAUACUAUUUUUCUACUUGUGCAUAUUAUUUAGGAUUGUUUUCUUGUUCAAAUAAAAAAAAAUUGUAAAAAAAUAUCGAGGAGGAUUAUUGUAAAUAAAUUUAUUGUACUUUGAUACUUUAACUUCUGUUGUUCUCAAAAUUGAAGAGCAGAAAUUUUGUUAUUAGAUCUAUAUCUAUCAUUUAAAAGUUAAAUAUAAUAAAAUAAUAAAGAAAAAAAUAUAAAUGAAAAAUAAAAAUAUUUGAUAUUAUUUUAAUUCUGAUUCAAUGUUGUUGUUUAUUGAUAUUAUUUUAAGUUUUCGUUGUAUCUUAAAAAGAGAUAGUAAUGAAGUCAAGAAUUAGUAAUCAAAAAUAUUUAUUAACCAAAAGUAUUGCUUUCAAAUAAUUUCUUAAAGUUGACUAUUUUUUUUUCUCUUCUUUUAUUAUUAAUCAUACAGAUAUUACAAAAACUAAUAUUUAAAAUAAAGCAAAAAAAAAAAAACAGA